UGCUCGGCUACGCGGUGGAUCGACGCGCUUGGCGCUCGCAGCGGGCGGAAGUGCGGCACUGCGGUUGGGCGGCUGCGGCUCCGGGCUCAGGCGACGGGGGUCAGCGCCAGGAGAUCCUGCUGUGGGCCGCGGCUGGCCGAGGGCUGGAGAUCACGCUGUAACUAGAUCACCCACUAACGGUUGCACCAACCACAAUGUCAAGGUUACGACAGCCCCCGCUGGUGACCGGCAUCUCUCCAAAUGAAGGGAUCCCGUGGACAAAGGUCACGAUCCGAGGGGAGAACCUGGGUACUGGCUCCACCGACCUCAUAGGCUUGACAAUUUGUGGCCAUAACUGCCUCCUGACAGCAGAGUGGAUGUCUGCCAGUAAAAUAGUUUGUCGAGUGGGACAAGCCAAAGACGACAAAGGGGACAUCAUUGUCACAACCAAGUCAGGUGGCAGAGGAACCUCGACAGUCUCUUUCAAGCUACUCAAGCCUGAAAAAAUAGGCAUUUUGGAUCAGUCUGCCGUGUGGGUGGAUGAAAUGAACUAUUAUGACAUGCGCACCGACAGGAAUAAAGGAAUCCCUCCACUGUCCCUGCGGCCCGCGAAUCCCCUUGGCAUUGACAUUGAGAAAAGUAAAUUUCCCCAGAAGGAGUUAGAAAUGCUGUUCCAUGGAAUGAGUGCCGAUUUUACGAGCGAGAAUUUCUCAGCUGCCUGGUAUCUCAUCGAGAACCAUGCAACCACCAGUUUUGAGCAGCUUAAGAUGGCAGUGGCCAACCUGAAGAGACAGGCCAACAAGAAGAGUGAGGGCAGCCUGGCCUGCGUGAAGGGGGGGCUCAGCACAUUCUUCGAAGCCCAGGACGCCCUCUCAGCCAUCCAUCAAAAACUAGAAGCGGAUGGAACGGAAAAAGUAGAAGGAUCCAUGACGCAGAAACUGGAGAAUGUUCUGAACAGAGCAAGUAAUACUGCAGACACAUUAUUUCAAGAAGUGUUAGGUCGAAAGGACAAGGCAGAUUCUACCAGAAAUGCACUCAAUGUACUUCAGCGGUUUAAGUUUCUCUUCAACCUUCCUCUAAAUAUUGAAAGGAAUAUUCAAAAGGGUGAUUAUGAUGUGGUUAUCAAUGAUUAUGAAAAGGCCAAGUCACUCUUUGGGAAAACGGAGGUGCAAGUUUUCAAGAAAUAUUAUGCCGAGGUAGAAACACGCAUUGAAGCCUUACAAGAAUUACUUCUGGAUAAAUUGCUUGAAACGCCAUCGACCUUGCAUGACCAAAAACGUUACAUAAGGUACCUGUCCGACCUGCACGCACCCGGCGACCCUGCAUGGCAGUGCAUUGGUGCCCAGCACAGGUGGAUCCUCCAGCUCAUGCACAGCUGCAAGGAAGGCUACGUGAAGGACCUGAAAGGAAACCCCAGCCUGCACAGCCCCAUGCUGGACCUGGAGAGUGACCCUCGCUCCUCCGUGCUGGGCCACCUCAGCCAGACGGCGUCUCUGAAGAGGGGCGGCAGCUUUCACUCUGGCCGUGAGGACGCAUGGAGAUACAAAACUCCCCACAGGGUGGCAUUUGUUGAAAAAUUGACCAAGCUUGUUUUAAGCCAGCUGCCGAAUUUCUGGAAACUCUGGAUUUCCUAUGUCAAUGGAAGCCUUUUCAGCGAGACUGCCGAAAAAUUGGGGCAGGUUGAAAGAUCAAAGAAUGUAAGACAGAGACAAAGUGAUUUCAAGAAGAUGAUUCAGGAGGUUAUGCAGGCCCUGGUGAAGCUGGUGCGCGGUGCCCUGCUGCCCCUCAGCCUGCGGGAGGUGGAGGCCCGGCAGUACGGGGGCUGGGAGGUCAGGGCCGAGCUCUCUGGCCAGUGGCUUACACAUGUCAUCCAGACCCUCCGGCUUACUUAUGAGUCUCUGACUGCCCUGGAGAUCCCGAAUGACAUGCUGCAGGCCGUCCAGGACCUCGUUCUGGACCUCCGCGUCCGCUGCGUGAUGGUCACCUUACAGCACACGGCAGAAGAGAUAAAACGGUUGGCUGAAAAGGAGGACUGGAUUGUGGAUAGUGAAGGGCUGACCUCCCUGCCAUGCCAGUUUGAGCAGUGCAUCGUGCACGCUCUGCAGUCGCUGAAAGGGGUUUUGGAGUGCAAGCCCGGAGAAGCCAGCGUCUUUCAGCACCCUAAGACGCAGGAGGAGGUUUGCCAGCUCAGCAUCACCAUCAUGCAGGUUUUUAUAUACUGCCUGGAACAACUGAGCACCAAGCCCGAUGCGGAUAUAGAUACGACACACCUCUCUGUCGAUGUGUCUUCUCCUGAUUUGUUUGGAAGCACCCACGAGGACUUCAGUUUGACUUCUGAACAGCGACUUUUGAUAGUCCUGAGUAAUUGCUGCUAUCUAGAACGUCGCACCUUCCUGAAUAUAGCAGAGUAUUUUGAAAAGCAUAACUUCCAGGGCAUAGAGAAAAUAACCCAGGUCAGCAUGGCCUCAUUGAAAGAACUUGACCAGAGACUCUUUGAGAACUACAUUGAACUGAAAGCAGAUCCCAUUGUGGGCUCCUUGGAACCUGGGAUUUAUGCAGGCUACUUUGAUUGGAAAGACUGUCUACCCCCCACAGGUGUCAGGAACUACUUGAAAGAAGCGCUGGUGAACAUAAUUGCGGUCCACGCGGAGGUGUUCACCAUUUCCAAAGCGCUGGUGCCGCGUGUGCUGGCCAGAGUGGUGGAGGCGGUGUCCGAGGAGCUGAGCCGGCUAAUGCAGUGUGUGUCUUCCUUCAGCAGGCACGGAGCCUUGCAGGCGAGACUUGAAAUCUGUGCCUUGCGAGAUACGGUGGCCGUUUACCUGACGCCAGAAAGCAAGUCCAGUUUCAAACAGGCUCUAGAAGCCCUUCCACAGCUCGCCAGCGGAGCAGAUAAGAACCAGUGCCUGCUCACUACCAGCGGAAAAUCAGGAGCAGAAAGCAGGCUCCUGGAAGAGCUGCUGAACAAGUUCAAGAGCAGCAUGCACUUGCAGCUCGCCUGCUUCCAGGCCGCCUCUCCGGCGCUGGUGAAGACAUGAGGCACAGGGGUGGUAGGGCCGGUGCUCGCCCUCCCUGGGGGGAAGGUCCUGGCAUGGGAAGCCCUGGCUGCGCAGGCCCCUUCCCCCACCUGUGACUUAGUAGCAGCACAGAAAUUGGUGGUUGGGGUUUUUAGUUCAGCCAGAAGGACCCUCUGGGAAGUGCCCAAGCAAGGAGGAGCUGUGUGGCUCUGCAGCUCCCCUUUGAAAACCUACUUUUCCACCUUCGCUAUUACUGGGCGAGUGUUAGGAGGGCUUCCCCGGGUGUCUCGCGGAGGCACCUGUCGUAUAGGGAAGCAUUUCUCCAGCCUCGCUCGCCACAGGUUCACUGUUUCCAGCACACACGAAGAGGUGGAUAAAGGAUUUGGAUAGUUACAUUUAGGCAUCUUUGGAGCUGGCCCUAAAUUGUACAGCUGCAUUUAAAGUCUUCCUUUUGUGCAAAGGGCAUAAAUUUCCUAAUUGUAGUGGGUUUUAGAAAACUGAGCUGCACAAAAUGCUCAUACAGCUGGAGUAGAUUAUAUAUGUGGUUUAGAAGUCCACACAUCAACGACACUGUACUCUGCUGUCUGACCUUGAUCUUUCCCGUGCGGGUCCUGUGGACCUGUGUCAUCUGUCCCAAGGGGUGGUGGGACAGUGCAGCCUGCAGCAUCAUAACUGCACUGCUGGGCCUGCAGUGCCCGCCCUCUGGGUGGCUGCUUUCUCUAUGCUGCCUCCUCUGGAAGCUCCUGCUGCAGAGCUGGGCAAGUCCAUCGCCUGUGUUCGCUGAGGACUCAAGAUGCCCGCCACACAGCAAUGAUUCCCUGAAAAUCUGCUUUCUCCCCUGCUGAAUGAAGCCUCUUUGUGGAUGCUGGUAAUUUCAGGCCACAAUGUUAACCGUACACCAAAGUCACUGUUCUGGAUCAUUGAACACGUUCAAUGCUGUACAUGUUCAUUGUAACUGGAAGUGGAGGUUCCCGUUCACAGACGCAAAGGGCGUGGCAUGUUUUUUCUCAUACGUGUGUUGACCACGACAUCCCACAUGACUGCAGACUAAGUGAGGAAAUUACAGUUGUGUUGUCUUAACUCAUACAGUGCAUUCGGCCAAUAAAGAAUACCUCUUCUGGAAGAUAAA